CACACACCAUAGUACGAGCGCUCGACGCAAAUACGAAGCACAAUGACGCACUACACCCUCAACCUUCAAGUCGACAGCGCGAUACUUCAAAUGUCGCCGACAGACUCACUCUGCCUAGCGAGGAAGGUCAAUAACGACUACUCAGCCGUCUUCAUAAGCGCUGGACUUCGCCCCUCUGCUGGCCAGAAAGCGCUCAACGGAAACAACACCUUUGAAUGGGUUGACCGUUUUCAGGUGUUCCUGACACAAUCGUUCAGCGAUGGCAUUUUGAUUCAAGAGUCCACGAAUAGUGUAGACAUUCUUCCCGGCCAGAUCUCGCACUACAAGGACGGCAUUCUUGGACCGGCCCAAUCUGCAAGCACCCCCAGUGUCUGGGAUACAGGUGACGGCGCCGGGCCGGAUUCAUCCUUUGGCGUUGGAGGAUACCCCAUCGCCUUCCAUGCCGCUAUCAAGCAACAGACCGGCGCUGGCCAAUAUACUGCCAUCUACGUUGACCCCGGCGUUCACAUGAGCACGUCUCUGAUUCAGCUGACCCCGAAAAACAAAUUUCUCCUCUUUUGGUCAUCGGUUCCUUCAGGUGAGACUAUGGCGGCUAUCCAGCCGUCGCAGGGUUUUGAAUUCGAAUUUCAGGCGGGUAGCCCCAGCGUGACAGUCCGCUUCGGAUAUGCGUCGCCCAACAGCCCGUCCGGCCCCGAUGAGAACCCUGGUUGGUACCUGCAAUAG